AUGAUUGGAUUUGGCGCGGAAACAACGCCAGAGAGCACUGCCACACCAUCCAUUCCAAAAUUUUCUUCGCUGCUCACGUCCUUAAAACACUGCGGCUCGUGGGAUAUUGUCGCUGCUGUCUUCAAGGAGAAGUCAGCAACCUUUUCCAAAGGAGUCACGGGGUUCCUCCAGUGUGUCCAUCCCUUCAUGAAGCACAAGUACAUUGACAACGUUGCGUCGAAGCAGACUAUGGAGCUCCUGCGGUCAUCGCUUUAA